UCUCUGCUAAUUACAAGUCAUCGUUACUUUCAGCGAUCUAUGCUGGGUUUCCCUGGUAUUCCAGGAUCAAAUGGUAUACCGGGAGUGCCGGGCAUACCGGGACCACACGGACCCCAGGGAAGGGAAGGCGCAAAAGGACAAAUCGGUGAUAAAGGAUCGCAAGGAAUGCCGGGUCCAAGAGGAGACAGAGGGCGCGAAGGAUCCCCUGGGAAGAGUGGACCCCGAGGAAUUAAGGGAAUGAAAGGUCAACAGGGAAUUCUCGGAAUUAAAGGAGAGCCAGGCAUUGCGGGAACAAAAGGAGAGCCAGGCAUUGUGGGAAAUCCAGGAAGAAAAGGAGACAAAGGAGAGAAAGGAGAAAGCGCCAAAGCAAGUCAAGCAAGUGUAGUACCACAAACCAACUGGAAACAAUGUGUGUGGAAAUCAUACAGCGACACUGAUAACGGAAAGAUUAAGGUAAUUAGAAUAAGAAUCAUAAGAAUCAUAACACACUCCAAAAGAACAUUCAUUCUUUUUAGUCUCGCGUGCGUCAGUAGAGAGACUCAUAAUCGGCAACGCGUUUCUCGCCCCCUGCGGCAGGAGGUCCCUUAUAUAGGCUAUGUAGGUAUGUGCCGCUCCAAAGGUAUGGUUUUUUAGCCGUUUUGGUCUGAAAUAGGGUAUCAAUUUCCAUCAUUUUGGUCUUAAAUAGGGUAUGGUUUGUGCACUCUAGUCUUGAACUGGGUAUGUUUUUUUAGAAGAAUUAGCUACUUCUUCAUCGCUUGGCGAUAAGACCUUUUCCCUUUUAACUUUUACCCCAACUACUGUGUACGUGCCAUAAUAUCAUAGGUGACGAAUUACUCCUUAAUUUUGGCGCGAAAUUUCAGCGUUAAUUUGUAAUUUCACAUGUGAAAUUACAAAAUUGCCAUGGCAACCCUUCCGUGCGUCUCAGUGUCAAGAUGGAGACCAAGUUUUAAAAUAACGUGAAUGAAGAUGUCAGGGCACAAAAAGACGCUUUAAAAAACCUGAACACACAAGAGAACAUCAAGGAGGAUUCUAACAGGUACUUUGCCGAAAAAGUCAGAAAAAUUCUGAACUUUAUAAGCCAAAUUUAAGGUCUAAACAUUUGAGAGAGUGGAGUUCUCGAUCAAUACGAUCCAGGAUAAACAUGUCAAAAAUCCAAGAUUGCUAACGUAAUUCGUCAACCAUGAUAUUAAUAGGUAAUCAAAUGGUAUACUCGUAAAAUUAGGGAAUAAUUUCACGCGCGUUUUGUCCAAAUUCCAAAUGCUCGGGAAAUUAUUAGGAUUUGGACAAAACGCGCGUGAAAUUAUUCCCUAAUUUCACUCGUCACCAUUUGAUUACACAUACUAACAGCUUGUCACGCGCUCCGGUCACGCGCCGGGUUCCAUGGCUUCAGGUCUGAAAUAGGGUAUCAAAUUUUUGAUCAGGUCUGAAAUUGGGUAGGAAAAAUCACAGGUAACUCAGGCUCUGUCAUAGUACCACAGUACAAUUCCAGUAAAAUUACAGUGUUUGUGUGGGGUAAAAAUACGAUCCUAAAAUUUCUAGGAAAAACUAAAUAAAGAUCAAUGAAACCUACUCUGCAGUUAAUUGUUCCUGUCCUUAUUGCUCCAAGGAAGUUUCGUGAUAAUUUGCAGUAAUUAGUUCAAAUUCACUCUAUAUACAAUAAUAAUAUACAACGUAGGAGACACGAGAUGCCAUUUUCUUCCCCAUGCUCCCUUUCAACACAACUCUUUCCACGAAAUUCGAACUCCAACGGAAAAUAAACAUGCCAUGAUCGUAGAAAUAGGAUAGCAGCAGAUAUAGAAACCAAUGAAAGUUUUCCCAAAUAGAGAAACGAAUCCCACAGACUUUGACAAACUCAAUACCGCCCAGUGACGUCCCUCACUGCCCGUAAAAGGGGUAGUGAUUUUGAUUGGUUGAUUGUCUAAACAUUCGCAUAAUUAUGUAUAAUUAUGACAAAUUUUAGCGGGAUUGUCGCUUGAUAUUGAGUGGAUCGCAUCCCUGGCAUUCUUUCGUGUAGUUCAAACAUUUCGAUUAUGCUUAAUCUUUUUCUUAAACAGAACUGCGAAUGAAGAAUCAUUGCGUAGAGUCGGUAGGUUUUUCAUUUAGAGCCGCUUUGUGGUUUGGGCGGCAGGUGAUUUUGUUUACGCGAAGUUUCUGAGAUCAGUGUUAUAAUUCGACCUUCUUGCUAUUUUCACCGUCAAGUGUAAUGAUUCUGUAAGGCUUUUCUUCCAAAUAGCUUCCUUUCAAUUAAAGCAAAUCAUUGUGUUUUAGAACUAAGUGUUCCGUGUGUGUGUUUAUUUCAUUGCGUGAUUGCGACCGAGUUUGAUUAUAGAAUUCAGCACUACCAGUUCAGGGUUGUACUGCACGCAGUUGAUAGUUUGAACGUUAAACAUGAAUUACGAUCGAAAAAAAAAAUGAAGCAAUUCUGUAUCAUGCAGACAUUUCCAAACGAUAUUUCUCGGUUUGCCAUUUGAAAAUCGUGUUUUACUUUUUGCAUGAAUUAAAGCAAAGGUCAAGGAGUAGUGACGUCACUGGACGGCAUUAACGGCCGGUCGAUUCAGACGUUACUGAGGGAGUAAUAGCGAUUCGAAGUAAUCGGAUGAAGUUCAGGCUAGUCUCCCUCUCACUCACCGUUUUCCAACACAUUACAUAAAUUACUAUUUAGUUACAUUUCUCUCUAUUUUAUAAUAAUAAUAAUAAUAAUAAUAAUAAUAAUAAUAAUAAUAUCAUUUAUUUAUACCGCGAAAAUUCAACUAUACAGUUUUCAAAUGCUCCUUACAAUUAAAGAUCUCAAAAUAUACCUUACAACGAAAAAAAGGAAAACCAUCGUGUGCGAUAAAAUAAUUCCUGGCCAUAUGGAUAAGGACAACAAAAAUUUAAGCUAUUACAGAGUUUUUAAACAUUAGCAAGAAAUCUUGACUGGAGUAGUUAGUAUCAAUCAUUACACACGGUUGCUCGUCUUACUACAAUAUGUUUGAUUUUGUUUGAUUUUAUUCCAGGACUGUGCGUUUAACAAACUGCAGUCUAACUCAGCGCUCAGAGUCUCAUUCCAUGGAAACAUGAGGGUCUAUGGAAGUAGUACUAAGUGUAACCGGUGGUAUUUCAAGUUCAAUGGAAAUGAGUGCAGUGGACCAAUGACGAUUGAGGCUGCUGUUUACAACUACUGGUCAUCUGGGAACAACCCUACUUUGCUGCAUCAUCGGUCAUUUGAGGGGUACUGUGAAAACAUCACACAAGGCGCUGUUAGAGUGGAAUUAUGGGUAGGAAAGUGUACUGGUCAAACCUUGGGUAAUGCUUACACUGGGUGGAAUUCAGUGUCCCGGAUAAUGAUUGAAGAAGUAUCUAGGCCCCAGUCCUAA